AUGGAGACGCCGAACCCAACAUCUCCGAAUACAGACCUACUCACAAUCAACGAGACGCAGUGCACCAUCGAUCUAUGGGAUACGCCAGGCCAAGAGUUCGAGCACUUCAGGGAUAUGCCUGAUUACAUCGACGUCGAAGAGGAACUCGCGUACGCCUAUGCUCUCGCAGACGUUUUCAUCAUCUGCUUCGCCGUCUGCGAUCCCGAAUCGUUCAGAGAUGUGCGUGGAAAGUGGUACCCAGAACUCCAGCAAUCCCGUCCUGGCGUACCUGUCAUUCUUGCAGGUACCAAGCUGGAUUUUCGAGAUGAUCCGUCGAUCAUAGAGAUGCUACGUAUUCGUGAUAAGGUUCCCGUGACCUCUGAGGAGGGGAAGCAGAUGGCGGAAAGCAUUGGGGCGAGGGCAUACAUUGAGUGCUCUGCGAAGACGCAUGAAGGUGUUCAUAGGGUUAUGGAUGCUGUGGCUUGCUUUUUGAGGUGA